AUGAGCAAGGCUCAUCCUCCUGAAUUGAAAAAAAUUAUGGACAAGAAGUCGUCAUUGAAACUAAAUGGCGGUAGACAUGUCCAAGGAAUUCUGCAGGGAUUUGACCUGUUUAUGAACCUUGUGGUAGAUGAAUGUGUGAAAAUGGCAAACAGUGGGCAAAAGAACAAUACUGGAAUGGUGGUAACACGUGGAAAUAGCAUCAUCAUGUUAGAAGCCUUGGAACGAGUAUAAACACAAUGACUGGUCAGCAAGGAGACUGUUCAACAUGUUCCCUCUUCCACUGCAUCUUUUCAGUUUGAUAUAAAAAUUAGGUUAUGUACAUUUUCUUACUGAGUUUUGUUAAAUAAACUUUCGUAAUAGUAAAAAAAAAAAAAAAAGGAAUUCAACCCUUACUAGGCCCCCCUCUGCCAUCUUGUUCUAGGACCUGAACCCUCCCCCCACCUCAGAGCGUUUUACUUAUGGCAAUAGACCAAACCCAGUCCAAGUUCUGCUUUGUGUUUUCUUAUUUUUCAGCUUCUCUCUCUCUCUUUUUUUUUUUUUUGCCUCCAGGGUUAUCGCUGGGGCUCAGUGCCUACACCACGAAUCCACUGCUCUUGGAGGCUAUUUUUUCCCUUUUUAUUGACCUUGUUGUUUAUCGUUGUUAUUAUUAUUGUUGUUGUUGUCAUUGUUACUGGAUAGGACAGAGAGAAAUGGAG